GGGGCACAGCCCGGAAGUGCUCUCCAGGCCCGGCCCCUGCCCACGGAAGCCGGAAGUGGGGCGUCAGCAGCCGGCGCGUCGCCCUCCGCGGGCCGUGCCGCACCAUGCUCCGUGGACCAGGCCACCUCCUCCCGGCCCCCGUAGCACUGGCCGCGGCCCUGGCUGCGGCGCUGUUCUCGUCGCUCGCGCGCUGUUCUUUCUUGGAGCCCAGAGAGCCGGUGGCCUCGGCCCUCAGCCCUUACUUCGGCACCAAGACUCGCUACGAGGAUGUCAACCCCAGGCUGCUGUCCGACCCCGAGGCGCCGAGGCGGGACCCGGAGCUGCUGGAUGGGACUUGCACCCCGGUGCAGCUGGUCGCCCUCAUCCGCCACGGCACCCGCUACCCCACGGCCAAACAGAUCCGCAAGCUGAGGCAGCUUCACGGGCUGCUGCAGGCCCGCGGGCCCGGCGACGGCAGCCUGGGCGCGGCGCUGGCCAACUGGCCGCUGUGGUACGCGGACUGGAUGGACGGGAAGUGGCGGCAGGACGUGCGACAGCUGGCGCUGCGUCUGUCCUCUCUCUUCCCGGCCCUCUUCAACCGCGAGAACUACGGCCGCCUGCAGCUCAUCACCAGCUCCAAACACCGCUGCGUGGACAGCGGCGCUGCCUUCCUGCAGGGGCUCUGGCAGCACUACUACCCCGGGGUGCCGCCGCCUGAUGUUGCAGAUAUGGAGUGUGGUCCUCCGAGAAUUAAUGAUAAACUAAUGAGAUUCUUUGAUCAUUGUGAGAAGUUUUUAACUGAGGUGGAAAGGAAUGCCACAGCUCUUUAUCAUAUAGAAGCCUUCAAAACUGGACCAGAAAUGCAGAACAUUUUAAAAAAAGUUGCAGCUAUUUUGCAAGUGCCAGUAAAUUCUUUAAAUGCAGAUUUAAUUCAGGUAGCUUUCUUCACCUGUUCAUUUGACCUGGCAAUUAAAGGUGUUAAAUCUCCUUGGUGUGAUGUUUUUGACAUAGAUGAUGCAAAGGUGUUAGAAUAUUUAAAUGAUCUGAAACAAUAUUGGAAGAGAGGAUAUGGGUAUACCAUUAACAGUCGAUCCAGCUGCAUCCUGUUUCAAGACAUCUUUCAGCACUUGGACAAAGCAGUUCAACAGAAACAAAGGUCUCAGCCAGUUUCUUCUCCAGUUGUACUACAGUUCGGUCAUGCAGAGACCCUUCUUCCACUGCUUUCUCUCAUGGGGUACUUCAAAGACAAGGAGCCCCUCACAGCUUACAAUUAUAAGGAACAAAUGCAUCGGAAGUUCCGAAGUGGUCACAUUGUACCUUAUGCCUCAAACUUAAUAUUUGUGCUUUACCAUUGUAAAAAUGCUAAGACUCCCAAAGAAGAAUUCCAAGUGCAGAUGUUACUGAAUGAAAAGGUAUUGCCCUUGGCUCAUUCACAAGAAACUGUUUCUUUGUAUGAGGAUCUGAAGAACCACUACAAAGAUAUCCUUCAGAGUUGUCACACCAAUGAAGAAUGUGAAUUACCAAAGGUCAACAGCACAUCUGAUGAGCUAUAAGUAACUGGAGAUCAUUUUCAAUUCAUUAGGAAUCUGUAGAGAAUGAUUAUAUGUUUGUAAUAGGUAGGUAAAUCCUUGAAUACAGAAAGCUUUCAUAUUACUUGGCUAUUUCUGCUUUUCACAGAAAACUGUUGAGUUUCUUUUUGCAUCUGGAAAUGAUAUGUAAGAAAUAAUUCUUCACUGGAGCAGCUCUCUUAAUGGGAAAAAAAUCUAUUCAGAGAAACAGCUGGCACUGUAAAUGUUUACAGAAAUGAAAUUCUUUCUACUUAUAUAAGAAAUCUCACACUGAGAUAGAAUACAACUCAAAAUUAUACUUGAAUAGAAGAGCCAGAGUUUCAAAAUAUAAUGUCAGUUGGAUGAUUCAUAACUCAGUGAAACUAAUUUUAAGGACUUUACCAAUCAUGCUACAGUUCUCUCUUUUGUCCUCCGGUAGGACAGUUCUGGUAUUAAUUGUCUGUCUUAAUCAGAAAUAUUGUGAAUCUGGGAGUUUCACUUUGGAAGAAAGCUAACAUCUCUGUAGGUGAAAGUUUGAUAAACAGUCUGAUUUAAAAGGACAGCUUCACUGGAACAAGAAGAAAAAGUAUAAUAUUUUUGUUAAUGGUAUUUAUUAAAUAUUCUAACACUUUUUCAAUAAUCCCUUUUAAACUCUUAGUACAUCUUGCAAGGCCAUCUUAAAUAUCAUACCUGAUUUUACAUAUGUAACAAUGGAAGAACAAAGAGGACCAUUAGAACAAGUCAGAUGGACAGAAUCAAAGUUUCUUAAAUCCUUUGCUUAGCUGUCUUUUCUAUUCUAUCCUAUCACUUGGCUCUGUUUUAAUAUGUUGCUAUUUUAUGAAAUGUAUCUUUUGAUGGUUUGCUCUUUUUUUUUUUUCUCUUCUUUUUCUUAAAUAAAGAUUUCAUCCUGGUUGGCUUAGUUUCAAAGAUUUAAACCUGUUUCAAAUAAAUAGUUCUAAGUUCUUUCAAAUGCCAUGAAAGUAUUUACUAUAAUAAACAAGAUUCUUGUUAUUUACUACCAAAUCUUUUCUGUUCUCCCUGUCAAAAUAUCAUCAAUAAUUGUAUUAUUGGAAUUUCAAGGUUGAAAAUUCAACCUUGGAAUGGAAUUUUGAAUAGCUGUAAUUAGAUCAGGCAAUAUAAAGCAAUUUUCAUCUAAUAAAAAUUUAUUCAAAUGGGU